AUGUUUACCAAAAGAAUUGAAAUAUUUAAAGAAUUUGCGAAUCAAUCUACCAUACAUGGUCUCCAUUAUGUGAGUAAUACAAAACGUCAUUGGACAGAAAGGUAUGCAAUUAAUAACUAGGUACAUAGGUAAUUAUUAGAAUAUGAAUAGUAAUAAACACAUUGAAAAUUUCUUAAGAAUAUUUUGGACUAUUUGCUGUAUUUUGAGUUGGUAUGGAUCUACCCUGUUAAUGAUGAAUUCUUGGGAAGCGUUUCAAACAAAUGCUAUUAGUUUUGUAGUUGAAACUACAUCAUUAGAAUUUCAAACAACUUUUCCAGCAGUUAGUGUAUGUGAAAUAAACAAUAUCGCUAAUGUCCAGAAAUUAGCAAAUAAGUAAAUUCAAUUUAUUUGUAAAUAUUUAAUAUAGUUAGGUUAAGUACCUAAGGCAAUAAUCAAAAUCACAAGUAAUUUUGUUGAACCUAUGUAAAAUAUAAAUAUAUUAUUUAAUAAAUAAUAAUACCGAUUUAUUGUUGAGUAUAUAGCUUGAUGAAUGGAAGUGCAAGAGAUUACAAUUAUGACGAAAUUAUAAAAGAAAUUGCAUACUUCAAAGGCACAACUUACUUUAUAAAUGAAUUUUGUAUGACUGGAGUUUACGAUUGCCCGACUAAUAAUUAUAAAGAAUUAGUAAUGUCAGUGAGUUAAAAUUAUUUUUUAAAUAUAUAGUACAUUUUUUUACUUUUAUUUAAACUGUACAAAUAAUGUCAUUAGUGGGUUUACUUAUCUAUAUUAUAAUUAUACGUUUAAUAUUACAUUUAUUUAGAUGAGAAAUCCUUGUGAAGAAAUAUUUUUAAAUUGUAUUUGGAACGAAGUUCGAAGUUUUGACUGUUGUAAGCAUUUUGUUCCAACAGAAACCGAACUUGGAAUUUGUUAUACACUGACAAUGGCUAAUGAAUCGUUAGUAAUUACAUACUUCAUAACCCUUAUCACUAGCGCAACUAGACCACCAAUUUUGGGGGUGCUAAAACUAUAGACACAUCACAUUCAUAGAGGCAAUACCCCCACAAUCCCCUUCACACAAUACUUAUAAUAAGCGACUAUACACAUAUUAUUUACAAUUUGUAUAUAAAAAUGUAUCAUUACUUUUUAAACACAUAUGCAUUUUCAGUAGGCAAUUUGUAUUUUAUUUUGCUUAUUAAUUAUGAAAUACAUGGAUAAAAUAUUUAUUCUAUACUACAAAACAGCUUAUUGGGUAUUUUAGAAGGUGUUAAUUUUAAACUUAAUGGGGGUGCUAAAGACCAUCUAGCAUCCCUUAGUUGCACCUAUGGCCCUUAUAAUAGUAUGUGUUACAUAAUUCAAAUAUUUAUAUUAAAUUUUAUGUUUUCAAAUCUCCAACAUUUUGUCAGUCCGGAUUCUGAUGAUUUUAUCAACAUGUAUUCUACUCGAGAAACAGGUCCUAGCAAUUUAUUAAUAAAGUUAUCAUCAGCUAAUCAGGUAAUUUUAACAAAUACCUAAUUACAUACUCAUUACUCAUUAUGUUAUUAGGUAUGAAAAAUAUCAUAUUCUUGAAACAUAUUGAAUUAUUGUAUUAAAAUUAGAUCUAUCUGUUAGGUAUAUACAUACAUUGCCCAUUAGAUAACAAUAUAGGUACCUAUUAUAAUAAUAUGUACUAGGUAUAUAUUUUAUUAGUAUAUUUAUUAAAUCUUAAAACUGUAUAAAAACUGUUGGAAUAAUCAUUUGUUUAUGAUAUUUUGAAAUAAUUUUAUUAUGUACGCAGGUUUAUAUUCAUUCAGCAGUAGAUGUGCCAUUCUAUAAUACAAUGAUUAGUAACACUAUACAAACCUUCGUAAAACAAUUUAAACAAUUUCAGUUCGUUAUUAAAGACAUUGCAAAUGAAGAUGAAGUACAAUUUGUUAGUAUUGCACAGCGCAGGUAAGAUAAUAUAUUUACCUAUUUUUACAUAAAAUCAUGAAAUUUGUUUUCUUUUCUUGUUCUUUUCUGGCACUUAGAACUCCCUAACAGUUAUUUCUAUACAUCAUGGUUCAGAACUACCUUCUUCUACUUUUGUACUCAGGCACUUUAAAAUUGUUCUCCAACUCAACUCUAACUCUAACUCUCUCAUGUUCAUCGUUCAUGGUCUUCAUUCCACAGCAGCCUUAAUGAUUCAGUUUCUACUUUUACACUCAAUUACAUUUCCUAACCACAAAAUUUGGUUUCAUGAGUGAUAUUUGAUUAUUUAAAUAAAUAUUUAUUAGAAUAAAUUCAUAAAAAAAAAAUUAAUUUAAAGUUUAAUACUAUUUUUAUUUUAUAAAAAAAUACAAUUAUGUAUCAUAAUUCGAUAAAACUUCAUAAUUGUUUGAAUACAUAUAUAUAUAUAUAUUUGUAAAUACAUUUGUACACAAUUUAGAUGCAGAUUCCCUUGGGAAAAUUAUCUAGAUGUUAGCUCAAAAUACAGUUAUAGUUCUUGUAUAGUUAACUGUCGGCGUCAAAAACAGUUGAAGAUGUGUAAUUGUACUUCUCAUUUAAUGCCUAAUAGUAGUAUGUAUUCCUAUAACCAUAAAAAAUACCAUUAAUUUAACAAUAAGUAUAUCUAUAUAGAAAUAUCAGAACAUUGUGACAUAAAUGGACUUAUAUGUUUAAAUGCACAUUAUACUGAACUAUCAGUGUUAAAAAAUAAAAAAAGUAAGCAACCUGGAUUAGAAUGUGAAUGUUUAGUCUCCUGUAUUGAAGCUGAAAUAGAUGUUAUGACAACGGAAACAUUUAAUUUGUAAGCUACUGUUUUUUAUUGUAAUAUAAUUCAAUACAAAUAUAGUUUUUCAUUUUGUAGAGCAAAUGAAAAUGAAUCAAUAAUAAAACUAAUGAUGUAUCGACUACCAGAAGAACGACUUAAGCGUAAUGUUGUUAGAGGACGAUUAGAUGUUUUAGGUAAAUGUUUUUAUAUCAUAUAAUUUUAAAAUUAACAUCCAUGUUAAAUCAUUUUUACAGUUUCAUUAGGAGGUUCAGUUGCAUUAUUUGUUGGAGCAAGUAUUCUAAGCUUUUUGGAAAUAAUCUACUAUUUUAUCUUACGUAUGCGCAACGUCAAAAUACCAAAUUUAACAGCUAAUUAA